AACAACACGGCAACACGCGGAACAAGAAUGACGAGAUUAACCUUUUUCGCCGCUGUCAUCUCGCUACUCCUCGCUACUCUCGCGGUGGCGGAGAUCAAGUCCAUCACCAUCUCCGAUGAUUCUCGGCCAGUGAUUUUCCUGCAGACAUUCGGGUUUACUCAGGUAACCAUCUCGGUUUCCUCUUUCUCAUUAUCGUCUUCUUGGAGUCAGGACUCGUCAAGAACAGGGUUCUACCUUGUAGAACAAGGAUCGCUUCACCAAGUAGACCUGGAGCUCCAGCAAAAAUCUAGCUUCUGCGUCCUCGACUCACACUACGUCCACCAUUUCAAUCAUUCAUAUCAAGUAACCUCCCCUGGAUAUUACUCUCUCUUUUUUUACUAACCGCGUACCGGGAGCUAAGGUCUCUAUGAAGUUCACAACGGAGAUGUAUAAUCUAGAUCCAAACGGGUCAACCCAACUACCCGAUUGGUCUUUCGUCUUCUCCCUCUGCUACUCGACUUUCUUUGGUCUCUGGGUCUAUUUCUGCUACAAUAAGAAGCUAAGGAUUCACGUUUUAAUAGCUGCUCUGCUUCUAAUGAAAGCUCUAAGUCUGGUUUGUGCCGCUGAGGUUGAAUUCUACUUGAGAACCACAGGCACACCUCACGGCUGGAACAUUCCUUUCUACGUUUUCCAUUUCAUCGGAAAAGUUUUGCUCUUCGUGGUGAUUUGGUCGUUCUUGAAACCGAAUAAAAGAAUGUUGAUUAUGGUGAUCGCAUUUCAGGUUAUAGGCGUCAUGGGUUCGAUUGUGGGUGGGGAGACUGGAUCAUAUAUCCAAAACUGGUCACUUUGGACCCAUAUCUUUUCGUUUGGAGAGGUAUUUUGCUGGGUCUGGAUUAUUAGUUCAAGCUCGUCAAUGAAGCGGGAGAGGCCUAACAACCCAGCUUCAAAUCACACGAAAUGCAGAUUGGGCCAAGAUAAUAACCCCAACAAGUGAACAAACUCUUCGAACAAUUUGAUCAUCUUGCGUUUCUAUAAGACUUAUUAUGGUUUCCUUACAGACCUUUUACUUUUACUUACAAAACGUGUAAUGGAUUACUGAUUAUUGUUGUUUUGUGUUCGGCUUGGUUAUCCCUUACAAGACUA